CUUCUCCAGAGGGAAUCGCUGGUUACAUGUCCUCCUGCAAACCUCUGGGGCCCGGAGAGUUCGACCCGUAUGUGGACGUGUACGCGAUCGGGAGCUGCGCAGGAGCUCCUCAGAGGGAGGUUUACUUCAUGGGCCUGAUCGAUGUCCUCACUCAGUACGACACCAAGAAGAAAGCUGCUCAUGCUGCGAAAACCGUCAAACACGGGGCCGGGGCUGAGAUCUCCACUGUCCACCCUGAGCAGUACGCCAAACGAUUUCGCGACUUCAUCUCAAACAUUUUCGCGUAAUGGUGAUGGAGCGCCGCCACGGACUGAUCCCGCUAAAAGUCAAUUUAGCUUAAAAAAAAAAACGAGGAUCAUAAUUCAGAUUUAACGAUCUGAGGCGCGACUACAAAUAUCUGUUGCAGCGAUAUAAUGUACGACUUCUGAUGCAUAUAUUUAUUUUUAAGAUUUAAAAAUGCAUUUCUUAUUAAUGUUAAGCACUCUUAAAUGGAAGCGAGGGUACUUGGAAACAAACUGCUGUUGAUUAGUGUUCAGACAACUUCGGUGACGGAUCAAAUAUCAGUGUAAUUACUUUUUCACUUUGCUCAGGUUCUCGAGGACGAACUAAAUUUAAAUGAGACAGAUCUUCAGUCUCUUGUUGGAAGAGAAGAUUAAAUUAAAUAUGAAGCCAGAACAGUUUAUUCUCGUUUGUCCUCAGACGUUGCCCGGACUCUGCCGUGUGAAACCAUGUGUAGCACGGGUAACGUCUUCCAGAAGAACGCUCUCGUUCCCACAUUUAAACGGAGUUUUCAUUGGCCGACUUCUCGCUCCAUCAUUAAGCUCAGUGUCAAACCGCUCUAAACACUCCUUUAAUACGCCGCACAAACUAGUUCUGUUCUCACCUGGAUGUUAAUGAUCUUCUCCUCUAACUCAGCCAAAAAAGUCCCGACAUGUCAAACUGUUACUUUAAAUCGUAGAAUAAUCUUUGACAGAGAUGGUGUUUAAAAAUAAGUGUAGUGUAGAUGACGGGCCAUGUGAAUGUUGAGAGUGCCAAACGUGUGGGAUCAAAGCUUUAUCAAAGCAGGAUUUGCACUUUUAUUAAGUUAAAACCGACUCUGGUGGCGUAGAACUUCAAUAAAACACGAUUUGAAUUGAUCGAAUUCUGUUUUCCACCAAACCCUCGACUGGAUUUCUAAUAAAUUGUUCAGUAACGGUGAGAUCCCGUUUAGACCUGCUGUUAACAUCUGUCCUCACCUCAGCUGACGUCUCUGACUCUCCACAAUUAAAAUGUGUUUUUAUGGUUCUCAAUUAUAUUUGAGAACACAUAGCAUGUCAAGACAAAUUUGUUCUGCCUUGAUUUUUAGAAAAGGUGACACAUCUGUAAACUGGGUCAAAACAACGGGACUUGGUUUUAAUAAACUUUAUUUGCAUCAGCAGCAGGAAGUGAGAUCUGGUGAUCAUGUUAAUAUCAGGUCUGAACCGGGUCGAAGUGUUUCGGUGUUGGAAAAGGAAACAUAUCUUAUUUUUUAGCCUGUAAUCAUUUUCCCGGCUCUGCUUCUUUUAUCGGGCUCAGCCUCGGAAGCGUCUGAGCUGGAUCGGUCCCGACGUUUUAAAUGAAACAUGUGUGGACGCUUCCUGAAAAUGAGCCCAUUCAUCAUUCUCCCUCUUCUUCCUCCUGAACACGGCGUUGUUUUGCGCGUUGAAAUGGAAAAUGUAUGCUAAUGUGAAUCAUUGUCAUAGGAUAAGAUUUAGAAAAAAGAGGCAUAGGAAUAGAAGCAGGAAGUGUUGUGUGCGUGUGUGUGUGUGUAGUGUAACGAUGUAGUGCUAACCAGGGUACUGUGUUAAAUGCUUUGACGGUAACACUACAUGUCAGUAGCGUGUGCAGUUCCCCUUAACACAGUGAGAUGAUGCAGCAUUCCAGCACUAGUGAGGCAGCGUAGAGACACCUGACGCCUCGUCUACUCCCUGAUUGCACAUGUUGUAUUUUUGCAAAUCAGCUUUUGGACCAAAAUAUAUUUUAUGAUGAA